AUGUCUUUAAACAUUGCUCGGUUCAACAAGGAUAAUUUACUGGAUGAUUCAGAUGAUGAGUUUGGAGAGAUUUUGCUAUAUUUGGCUUGCGAGGAAUAUAAUCAAUUCUAUUUAUCUAAGCAACCUUGUAGAAAUUCAGCUAUUUCAGGCCAUGAAUACGUUAUGGAAGUGUUGCAUGACCAUUGGAAUGGGACUCAUAUUUCUGCGCAUGUUCCAAUUGAUGAACAAAUACCAUAUCGAGGUCGGAAAGUGGAUACAACUCAGAACGUUAUGUGUGUAUGUUCAUUUGACAUGAAGUUCACAUACGUUUUCCCUGGAUGGGAAGAAUCAGCUAAUGAUGCAGGAAUUCUUCUAGAAUUUGCCACAAACCCAGAUUAUGGAUUUCCAAUGCCGCCCCAAGGAAAAUAUUAUCUUGUUGAUUCUGGCUAUAAAAACAUGCCUGGUUUUCUUUCGCCAUAUCGAGGGGAAAUGUAUCAUUUGGGCCAGUACACAGAUCUUAAUCCCAUAGGAAAAAAAAAAGAGCUUUUCAAUUAUCGACACUCUUCCUUGAGAAAUGUCAUUGAGCGGUAUUUCAGUGUGUUGAAGGCUCGCUUUCCAAUCAUAAAGAAAAUGCCUUCAUAUGAUCUAAGAAUACAAAAGUACAUUGUCAUUGCUUGCUGUUGGAUUCACAAUUUUAUAAGGACAAAUGCAGAAGUAGGUGUAUAUUUCGAUGGAGGUGAAGGAAAUUCUGAAGUACAGGCCACUACUUUACAAAGCAUGGAUGGAACUUUGAUUGAUAGUGUAGAGUUCAGUAUUUCUAGAACUCAUAUACGUGAAAUGACUCAUGUUCAUGAUGAAAUUUCUGAUCAUAUAUGGAGAUCUAGUCGACGGUAG